AAGUAUUGAGGUGUCCUCCAAAAAUGCGGUCUGUGCCUUUCUUAUAAAUGCAAUAUUUUUGUGGCUCCGUCAAUAUAACAAUGAAUCCCAUAGAAGCCACUGACGUAUGCUUUGUUUUAAGUUGUUUAGUGUGCUUCAUCCAGUAGAAAUAGUUGCAAAUGAACACAUAUUCUUAGACUGCAUAGAUUGAUGUCUGCAAUUAUUUAUAGCUAGAAAUGGGAAUUAAUUGGAGCGUGUCUUUCUUCCCAGGAAAGUGCCUAUCCUUAAGGAUCUGUAUGCAUGGAUGCGAUGACGGUGUGUAACAACUGUAGGAAAGAACAGACAUAAAGGAGCUUCUGUUUGGUGAAAAGUAAACAUGUACUUCUAGUACUUGGAUUAUAUUGAAGAGGAAAUAGUUUAGAUCUAGAUCUAAGUAGAACAUUUUUAGUUUAGAUCUAGAUCUAAGUAGAACAUUUCAAUGGAGGACGUAAUCAUCUUCUUUUUUGAAGUAACGUCUGUAUUAUAUAAGAUAAGAUAAGAUAUGUGUUGAAGGGCAUAACAAGAUGUUUACAAUAUAACACAUUCAGAUACAAAUUCACCGCUUGGGUUUUUGUUUCUAGUUUUGGAUUAUUUAUGGCUGUGCUACCGAAGUAGUGCGAUUGCCAUUUAUCAUUGCCUAUAACAGAAUUACACUAGGCCUACUAGAUAUUUAUGCUACACAAGGCUUCAAUAGCUUUUUAUCUAACUAUGUGCUACACAAUACCUCUAUGGGUUAUAUGACGCGUAUUACAACUAUUGUCUAUACAAGGCCUCUGUGAACUACUACUAUUGAAAAGGUAUAGUUACAUUUAAAUUACACGUUUUCUAUUCUUUGACACUGUCAAGUCUUUCAACAUUCAAUACAUGCUUUCAAAUUUCAAUAAAACAUUGCUGUCUAUAAUUUUGUCAUUUUUAUGCGUAGUUUUGGAGAAUGAAACCAAAACGUCAAUUGAACCCUUAGUUGAACUAAACAAACAGGACUGACAACAUUUUGUCUCAUUGUUUCAACAUGAUUGAGAGGUUCACGUCCAACACAAUUAGUUCACUCCCUUGUUGCUGAGAAUAAAUUUUAACAAAGAGAAGAACAUGACCAUGAAUUAUUCAGAGGCGUUGAUUGACAAUUACACUGAUGGGGCUUCAAUUUACAAUGAGUCCUCCACGGUGUCCUACAAGAGCUUCCCAUUCAACGAUGUGAUACGCAAUAGGACAGUGCUGACAGCGAGCGUUAUGUUCUCUCUUGGCGUUUUCGGCAACGUACUGGCUUUAGUGCUGAUGGCGACAUCGCAGCCAGAGCAGCGGAAGACUAUCUUUUAUAAGCUGAUGGCUGGGCUGGCAUUCACGGAUCUCAUAGGAACCUGCGCCACGUCCCCUGUAGUGAUCACUAUCUACGCAACGAGCACCGUUCUAGACAGCGACCAGCCCUUGUGCCAUUACUUCUCGUUCAUGAUGAUCUUCGCCGGGUUCGCGACAAUGUCGCUAGUGUGCGCCAUGGCGAUAGAGCGGUACAUAUGUCUUUGCCAUCCGUACACGUACCAUUGCAGCUUGCCGAAAUCCUACGCCAGGUACGCCAUAGUAAUCAGCUGGUUCCUGUCUGUGCUGAUAGCUUGCCUUCCUCUGAUCGGGCUUGGCCACAACAACGCUCAGUACCCAGGCACUUGGUGCUUCUUCAACUCCACUAGCAGGGCCACCAAGGAUGUGGCUUUCAACUACAUCUACGCCAUCAUCGCUUUGAUCGCCAUAAUCAUCACCUUCCUUUGCAACUUAGCAGUCAUCUUCACCGUGCUGACCAGGCGUCGACGCCUUAAUGCCCUGAACGCACUGAAAAAUCCUGGCUUGAAACAGUCCAGGAGCCUGGUCCAAAGAUUUGCAGAGCUGCACAUGGUGGUGAUGCUGUGUGGGGUGACUGUCAUUUUCACAAGCUGUUUUGCACCUCUCAUGGUUUUCACAAUUAUAUGUCAAACUGACCUCAUCCAACAUAUCAACGUGGACAAGACCUAUCUCUAUAUGAUACGUAUGGCUUCUUUCAACCAGAUCCUCGAUCCCUGGGUUUAUAUCCUAGUGAGGAGGGAGCUACGCUGGAAGGUCAUUUCUUUCAUCAGGAAAGUGUGUGGCAUCCGGUCAGACGCUGGCCUCAAGGAACAGCAGGCCGCUACCACGCCAACAUCUCCUUACAAAAGCAGCGAAAGCGAACUGACUUUCUGGACUUUCUGCUAUCGCUGCCUGUGUGAUCCUCCUUCUCAGAGGACAUCCUACUCGGCGUCCUCUUGGGGCAGCGGGCUGUACCUUCGGUCUCCUUCAUACAUGCCCAGGGCGUCCUCCACAGACUCCAUGCUCCGUGGUGGCCUGUGCACUAUCGCUCAACCUUCCCCCACCGAGGAUCUACUCCUUCGCAAAUUUGCUGCAGGCAGCAAAAUUGACAAACAGUACCAGAAUGGACAUCAGAAUGGGAUUCAGGAUGUCCCACAACAGCAGAUUGACCCUUGCGUGACGUUUAGCUGAUUUAUCUUGGCACUUUUAAUAGUAUUGCAUCUAGUUCGUGUUGAAUGGGGUCCUAUCUCAAUAAAUCGAUUUUUGAUACUGUGAUAAAUCGAAAACUUUGACCUGAUCCAAGGAUCAGUUUUUAAAACAAUGACGGAUAGUCUACUGAUUAAUGUGCGUAUUAAAUAGUUUAAUUCAUUCCACACACAAUACGAAACCUAACCAAAUGAAGUACAUUGCUAAUGGUAUUUUCUUUCAACUACGAAUAAGAAAGUAUCUGGACGGUGUAACUCACAAUUGGACAGGAAAAAUAAAGUUGUUUGUUUUUUUAUCUUAAUACUUUUAAUCAAACGGUGUAAGUACUGUAAGUAGCCACGAUAAGACUUCUAUCAUUUCUCUAGGACAAGAUGGCUGGAUAGUUUAUGGCUGUGGUAGUUUUUGAGAUAAUGGGAUGAAAAGGGACAAAUGAAACGGAUCGCAGAGUUAACGAGACAUGAAAUAAAUUACUUCAAAAAGGAAAAGAUAGACAUUUAGAGGAGGGGAAGGAAAUGGCGCUCAAUGUUAACGUUAUAGAAUAUGAGAGAGAUAGAGAGAGUGAGAGAAAGAGAGAGAGUGUGUGUGUGUGUGUGUCUAACAGCAAACAGUAUAACAGAAUUAUUUGUUUUAAAAUCAUAUAUGCCUAUUAAACAUUAAGCCGUGUUCAAUAUCAACAAAUAAACUAGUUUGAUGUUAAAAAGUAUUUGUAAUGUUUACAAACUAGACUCGCUGAAAACGAAAAGAACAAAACAUGAACUUGUAACUUUAAUGCUAGAGUGUUUUCUUAUUCUGUGUUGGAGCAGGUGAUAAGUCCCAACGUAAUGUCGUUAGUUCAACUGGAGUGUUUACUUUUCUUUCGUUGUACAUAUCUACACACACAUACACACACACAAUGGCUUUACAUCAGUUCAUCACUUGCCAUCCCAAGGGGCGCUGGACCG